GGCUCUGACGCCACACAGCUCGCAGCGCUUGCAUCUGCAAGUUGUCGCCAUCAUCUCUGGCUGGUGUUAUGUGUCAAGUCAGUCAGCCCGAGCCUUCCAGGAUCUAACGUGAGCGAUACGCCUCGACUCCCUCAGUCAUUUCACUCGACUGUCGACGACAUGUCGUGUUGACCAUGUCGGUGCUCGGUGAACGUGCCUAGGACCCGUGCAGGACUGUGCAGCUGAACACACGAGCUGGAGCUAAUGUGCACGUUAGCCAGGCUGGAGUCUUGAGAAGCAGAGAGGGGCGGGCGGGCUAGCAGCGGACCAGCUAGCGCUAGGUAGCUGGCAAGCAAGCGGGACAUCGAGUGACAAGGUGGACAAAACCCACCACUCUUCUCAAUAUUAGACAUAAGCACCGUUUCCCGGCAAGUUAAGCGACUGUUUCCUGAAGUUCAGUCGGUAACAGACGUUAGCUAAAGAGCUAGCGACGCCAUAGACCUAGCUGCAGUCCAGCCGAGUAAACGGAAGAAGACUUGGAGCUAAGCUAACAUCAAGGGCUGCUCUGCUGAUAAACUGGAGCUGGCAUCGUCAAACAUCCUGAGUCCACCAUCAGGCUGCUGGGCCUGACGAAGAAGCAGGAUGUCUGAGGGAGAGAGCAAGCAGGCCCCGGACUCUGUCCUGGAAAUGAAGCCGGAGUCUGUGGCUGCUGCGUCCAUGGGUCAAGGUGUGUCAUCUGUGUCCCCGCCUGUGUCCGUGGUGGCACAGCCUCCCCCCACGGCGGCCACAGAGGAUGAGGAGGAGGAGAGCGAGGACGAGUCAGAGAUUCUGGAGGAGAGCCCAUGUGGACGUUGGCAGAAGCGCAGAGAAGAGGUGAAUCAGCGCAACGUUCCCGGGAUUGAUAAUGCUUACUUAGCCAUGGACACCGAGGAGGGAGUUGAAGUGGUUUGGAAUGAGGUCAUGUUCUCAGAAAGGAAGAACUUCAAGCUGCAGGAGGAAAAAGUCAAAGCGGUUUUUGACAAUUUGAUCCAGCUGGAGCAUUUGAACAUUGUGAAGUUUCACAAAUAUUGGGCUGACGUCAAGGAGAACAGAGCUAGGGUCAUUUUCAUCACUGAAUACAUGUCCUCAGGAAGUCUGAAACAGUUUUUGAAAAAGACCAAGAAAAACCACAAGACCAUGAAUGAAAAGGCCUGGAAACGCUGGUGCAUACAAAUACUGUCUGCUCUCAGCUACCUGCACUCGUGUGAACCUCCAAUAAUCCAUGGCAACUUGACCUGUGACACCAUCUUCAUCCAGCACAAUGGCCUCAUCAAGAUCGGCUCAGUGGCUCCAGACACGAUUAACAACCACGUCAAAACGUGUCGGGAGGAGCAGAAGAGCCUACAUUUUUUUGCUCCAGAGUAUGGAGCUGUCGCCGACGUCACCACAGCUGUGGAUAUCUAUUCCUUUGGAAUGUGCGCCUUAGAGAUGGCUGUGUUGGAAAUUCAGAGUAAUGGAGAUUCGUCUUACGUGUCCCAAGAAGCCAUAAACAGUGCCAUUCAGUCCUUAGAGGAUCCCUUACAGCGGGAAUUUAUCCAGAAGUGUCUGGAGGUUGAUCCCAGUAAGCGUCCCACAGCCAAGGAGCUGUUGUUUCACCAGGCCUUGUUUGAGGUGCCCUUACUCAAGCUGCUGGCUGCGCACUGCAUCGUCAGCCACCAGCAUAUGAUUCCCGAAAAUGCGUUAGAGGAGAUGACGAAGAACAUGGAUCCCAACUUGGUGAUUGUUGAGGCCAAGGAGGGAGUGCAGCUGAAACUCUCCCAGUUUCCUGCCCUCGAGCUGGACAAGUUCCUGGAAGAUGUGAGGAAUGGGAUCUACCCUCUGACUGCGUUCGGGAUGCCUUGCCCACAGCAGCCCCAGCAGGAGGCAGUGAAAUCCCCCAUAGUGCCCCCCUCAGUCAAAACCCCAACCCCUGAACCUGCAGAGCUGGAGACCAGGAAGGUCCUUCAGAUGCAGUGUAAUAUCGAGCCUGUUGACGAGGGGACCAAGCAUCAUCUUACACUGCUGUUGAAACUUGAGGAUAAGCUGAACAGGCAUUUGAGUUGUGAUUUGUUACCAAAUGAGAAUGUGCAGGAGCUGGCUGUGGAGCUUGUUCAGCUGGGAUUCAUCAGUGAGGGCGAUCAGCCGCGACUGGCAUCAGUUCUCGAAGAGGCCUUCUCCAAGUUCUACAGCCGGAACGGAUCUCUCAAUCCGGUCACGGUUUCCUCAUAGCAGAGGAGUCAGCAGGCCUUCCUCCUACCCUCCUCAUCCUCUCACACAGGACUUGCCGUCGCUCCACCUUCGACUUGCGGGAAAGCUUUGCGAGGACAAAGGAGGAAGCUUUGGUCUGAGCUCAGAUCGGACCGCUCUGCAGCCUGUCGUCGCAUCUUCUGGUGGGAAAAGCUACCACUAAGUGGUCAUCGCUUUCAUAUGUGUUUUCUCUCCCACCUAGUACAGCCAUCUGCUUCUCUCUUUUAAAAGAGGAAAACAACAUAGUUGCAACUUAAAGGAAAAUACUAACAGUUUCCCUUUUUGGCUCGUUUCCUUCAGUUCUGAAUUAGCGGAAAAGUGAGAGGAGUGAGCGAACAAAACUGGGUAACAGCAGUAUUUUCCUUAAGUCAGUAUUAAAACUGUAUUUUAAACAUUUUACUUCAAACUGUUACAUAGUUGUCUAUAUGAAAACAAAUCUUCUGUCCCCGGCAAUACUGAAGUGUAUGUGUUACGGUGUUGUAUGGUCCUUUUCACUUUCUCUUUGUGGUGAGCGAGGCAUCUUCCUACCUUGUAUCAGUUGUUGAAGACUCUUCAGCGCAUCAAGCUCCUCAUGCAGUUGAUGCAACGUCAGUUUUAUUUCCAGCUUUUUGUCAGUCUCUGAAUUAUGUAAGUAGUAGUCAUGAUACAGUAGUGACACAAUCUGAAGAGGCGAGCAACAGCUACGGUUAAAUACAGAAAAUAACUAUUUAUUUGUCUAUCUUUCUUGAGUGUGUACUGUAUUUCACUACCAGCACUAAGGCAGGUGGUUUGUUUGAAUGUAUGCUCUGACUUGCUUUUGUUCCUUUUAAAUCAUUUACUGUUAUUUUCUAUGAAAAGAGGUAUUGUCACUUGACUGGUCCAACUACUACUGUAGCUUCUGAUUUUUGAGUAGUCCAUGGCAGCGCCUGCCUGUUAGGCUUAGGUGAUCAAUUAAAAGUUUUCUAUCAGUGCCAUUUCACACAGGAGAGGCCGCUUACAUCCUUGUAAAGACGCCUUGUCCUGUAAGCAAAUGACUCGAUUGGUUUGCCAACAAAACACGGGGAGUUCUCGACAUAAUGAAAUCUAAAUUGAUAUAAGCUAAAGAAAUCGAUGACCUUGAUUUUGAAUUUGGUUCAGUUCUCUUGUCAACAACGGUGAAGGUAGAUGCAAAUAUUUUAAUAUACAGUGACCUGCUGAGAAGUGUAAAUGGUUUUGUCAGUCUAGGCCUGUCAGUAUUUGGAUUUUCUGGCUUUUUAUUUUUAGUUCCCUUUUGUGGCUGAAGCACUCCCUGUGACACCAGAGGUAGAUCUUGUGCCGGCCACUACGAUAAUCUAAUCUGUUUUCACCACCUUAAUCUGUCAACUCUUGAGAUCUCUCUGCUAGUUUGCACUACUGUACACUUUUAUAUAAUUUAACUCGUCUUGGAAAUGUUGUCCUGUUGCCUCCGACUUCGUGAGACCAGCAGUGGAGGAGCGUUUGACGAUUGGGAAAUGGGCGUCUGUAAACCUCUCUUCAGUGAUCCAGUUUUUUGUCCAUUCUAUGCUGUGACGAUUUAUUUUUUACAGGGUCUGUGGAUACUGCAAGAUACAAGUGUGGGACUGCCUGGCAUGCUUGUAACCAUCUUGUACACUGUAUGCUGGACACUGUACUCUGUUUCUGCAAUGCAUUUACCCCCUUUUUCACUUCCUGAAAUAAAAAUGUACACUAUCAGCACUUAA